UCCAGCCACUUCCUCGGCCUGCGGUGGGACAUUACGUUCCACAGUCCAUCACACAGUAUUUAAAGAGUCAGACAACCUUCACGAGUCCAUCCCAUCUAAGAAUCCAGAUCAGAAAACGCACCCACGGCUGAAGAGAAGCUGAGUCAGGAUGGCAAACCUCGCUGUACGUGUGUCCAUAGUACUGGUCCUGCUGGUGGCACUGGCUGAUAGCAGUCCGGUGAAACUUUGCUGCACACAAUACCAUGAAAGUCCAAUCCCAGUAAAAGCUCUGAAACUCGGCACAGUCCAGGAGAUCACAGGUUUCUGCAACAUCAAGGCAGUGAUCUUUAAAACAGUGAAGAACAAACUGGUCUGCACCAACCCUGACAGCGAGUGGGUGAAGGCGGCCAUGGAGACUGUACCAAUGGUCUAGAUCAGUGGAGGAAAUCGACUUGAAGACACAAAGACGCACCAGACUGAUUCAAUUUAUUUUGUUUACAAUAAUAAAUCAAAUAUUUUUGUACAAUUUGC